AUGGAGCCCAGCCGUGGGACCUUCCGUCGGUUCUCCUCCACGAACUCUCGUUGCCAUGCAGCUCCGCAUCAGCGCCGCUGGAUCGUAGCCAUCCGCGCCCGGCACCGUCCCAGGAAUGAUGCAAACCCCGAGCGCGGUUACUUCAGUGAGAACCGGACCGGGGCAGCGACGUGCGGCAAAGACCCGGAGAGCAUCAGCCGAGCGCGGCGGCUGUACGAGCGGCGCGUGGCCGAACUGCGAGGGAACCGCAGCCGGGAACGGGAGGAGCGCGACGGAGCGGCGGCCGCGACGCGUUGGCACAGCCUGACCGCCAUCCUGCGGCGCCUGCCGGACGCCCCCCGGGGAGAGCGGGACCCCCAAGGGGGGCAGGAACCACUCAGAGGACACCGGGACCCCCAUGGAGAGCCUGAUCCCGAUGGUGACCAGCACUCCCACGGGCAGCGAGACCCCGAAGGUCACCGGGACCCCCACGGACGCCAGGACCCCCCCGGGCCGUACCGUUACCUCCUGCUGGUGCCACGCACGGGAGCUCUCCGCCAGCAGCUGCAGGUUCUGCGGGCACAGCUGCUGCUCCCCCCGCACUCAGCACAGCUCCGGGUCAGCAUUUACACCCCCGGGGGGUCUGGGGUGGCCCCACAUCUGCUGCACAGCCGGGAUUUGGACCCCCACUCCCACCACCUGGACCUGACAUCACCCAUCCGGCACUGGGCCGCCGGGCACAGCGCCGCGCUGCGCUUGGAGUUGACCUUCAGCUCCAACGUGUCGGCUCCGUGGGACGGCUCCGGAACCGGGAACGCGGUUCUGGAAGUGGAAAUGUGGGACAGUGAGGGGCGGGGGGCGAGGAGACGGCGGGGGCUGGAGGAGGAGUGCGGGAAGAGCGAGGGGAAAUGCUGCCGGCGGGUGCUGAAGGUGUCCUUCCAGGAGAUCGGGUGGGACGACUGGGUGCUGGCACCCCGCAGCUACGACAUGCGCUUCUGCCAGGGCUCCUGCCCGCACAACUACCGCGCUGCCAGCAUGCACGCACAGAUCCAGGCCCGUGUGCACGCCCUGAGCCGCGCUGCCCCGGCGCCGUGCUGUGUGCCUGCUGCCUACGACCCCAUGGUGCUGAUGCACUACGAUGGAGAGGGCAGGUUGGUCAGCUCUGUCUUUGAGGAUAUGUUGGUCACUCGCUGUCACUGCGCCUGAGGGCACCGCUGGGUGGAGGGGUCCAUCACCUCCAUCUGUAGGGACCUGUCACCUUUGGGUACAGGGAUCCGUCACCUCCAUCUGUAGGGACCUGUCACCUUUGGGUACGGGGAUCCGUCACCUCCAUCUGUAGGGACCUGUCACCUUUGGGUACAGGGAUCCAUCACCUCCAUCUGUAGGGACCUGUCACCUUUGGGUACAGGGAUCCGUCACCUCCAUCUGUAGGGACCUGUCACCUUUGGGUACAGGGAUCCACCACCCCCACCAUAGGGUUCCAUUACGUCUGGAUAUAGGAAUCCAUCACCUUCGUGUAUAGGAAUCCAUCUUUGCAAAUAGGGACUGGCACCUCUGUUUAAGGGGUCCAUCACCUCUGGAUACAGGAACUCAUCAUCUCCGUCCAUGUGGACCCAGCACCUCCACCUGUAGGGACCCAUCACCUCCUGAUGCUGAUGUCUGACCUCCUGCUGUAGGGCCCCCACCCCAUCCCGGUGACACCCACCCUGGGGGCACAGACCCCACUGCCAUCACUCCAUGCCAUAACUUAUUCCCCUCUCCCCUUAUUUAAAGCAUUGGUUCAGCAGGAGGAGCCUACCCUGCUGCCACACCGGCUCCUCUCCGCAUGAGCCUUUUUUAUACAGUCCUUUAUUUAUUGCUCAUUAUUUAUUGCGUUGUAUGGCUUUGUUGGGAUUCUUUUUUUUUCUUUUUUGGUAUAUUUAUAUAUUUCUAUAAAUCAAAUCGCGAUGUAAAUGAAUAAAGUGAUGGGAACACAG